GGGAAAUAUAAGACGCAGAUUAUUAGUUGUCUUUUCCAGAUGACAUAACUAGUUUAGGAGAAUGCCCCUUCCACUUAUUAUCAGCAAAUCCAGACUACUAAUUGUUAGCAGAAGCGAUGUUUUAUUACCUCGCACAUGCAGUGUCCAAAUUACGCUCUUAAAUUUCAGGUUCGGACAAGCUCUUGACAAAACCAUUGAUCAUUGCAAGCAACCUCAAGUAUAAGUGGGGUGUUUAAGUUCUCGUGAGGCAUACUGACACAAAAGAAGAGAUCGUUCAAGUUAAAAAACAAUUCCUUUACCUCGUGAUUAGGUCAUUAAACAACAAACCUGUAAUAAGCAUCAUGUUGUAGUGGAUCUCCCGCUUAAAAGCUGUCGUAUGUCGUUGUAUGUUACGGCUGGUCGAUUGUUGAAGCUAGUGAUGAACUGAUUGUCCUCUGUACUUAAUUUAAUAAUUAGAACUUAAUGCGCGAAACUUUCUCUAGCCGGAACUUCCUGUUACUUGAUCGUGUGCCUCAUAGAGAAACCGUUGCAGUGAGUUUCCCAAUCUCCAAAAUUUUGGGGAAAUUCCCAAAGUGAGAUAACCUUCACCAAAUUUUAGGGAAAACAUUGAUGUUUUGUUGUCAUUUCCUCGAAAUUUUCUAUAAUGGAUUCAUCAAAGUGGAUCAAAUUUUCCUCAAAAUUGGAGAUUGGAUUGGUUUUAUUCGGACUGAAAAACCUAAAACUUUAGCAAAACAGGUGUAAACAAACCAAAAGAAACCGAACGAUUCAUAUAAGUUUGAAAAAGAUCAUAGGGUGUCAGACCAUGUUCGUGUUAUUUGCCGUCCGCACUACUGUUUAGAUCUUAAGAGUCUUAAUAUUUGAAUAUCAUUUUCCAGUGAUCAAAUACUAGGUAACCAUAAGCAAACAAUAAUACAGUUGUUUCCCCAUUCAUUUAUAUGUUUAGAACUGGAGACUACAUAGGUAUCGAUUUUUUGUUUAGUGUUAAGAGAAGACUAAACGGCUAAUGUUAGUUUUGCUCAGAUGGUCGGUUAUCAUUCCUAUUUAACAAUUAUACGCUCUUCCGAGUUUCCUCAAUUCAAAUCAGCAUAGCAAAAAAAACCCAGAUAGAUCGAAAACAAAGGAAACAGAAGUUUUGUUGUAUUAUUAGCUUUGUUAAAUCUUAGUAUGUACAUACAAAGUUCGAUUCUUGAAAUUCGGUAUUGAAACCACUUCGGAGGUGAAUCGUAGUAUAAUCUUGUCACAUAAUUAGAUCUCUUUGAAUACAAUAACAUCUGCAUUUCCUUAAUACUACACAAAUCUUUUAUCUCCUGAUGCCUUUUUAAUGAAGAAAUCAAACUAUUCUACUGUUGUUCUAUAUGCAUGGACUCAUCACUUUUAAUUCAGUAUUACUCUAUAAACUAUUGUAGAUUUAAUGCACUGACUAUUAACAUGUCUCAGAUAUCAGUUCGUGUACAAACCUAUCUGGUUUUGGGUGUUAUAAUAGCAUGCUUCUCAAUACUGUAUCCCAAAAUCUUCCAUCCGAUGCUUCUUCAUCUACUGGGUUUUACAAAAAAUAGGCACACAGAAGAGCAUACCAGAUUUGAAAACAUCCGGUUAAAUGGUCAUCACGCACAAAAACCUAUCAGAGCUUCAGAAGGGAUUGUUCAACAGGAUCAAGGGAAAAGAGGUGGAAUUAUGUCAAUCGUUUUACCUGUCUAUGCUGUUGGUAUAGUGUUAUAUUUGUUUUACACACUUUCAAAGAUAUUUUCGUCAAAACGCCGAAAAAAUACUGAUAAAAAAGAGGAGUUUCUACGACAGUACUAUCGUGAUUUCCAUUAUGAUGUUGAUCGUGGUAAAUUUCGCAUGGGUCAUGACUCGUCCGAUGAUGACGAUGACACCGCUGAAACAGAUACAUUUGGAAAUUCUUCAAAUCUAAAUUUUCUUAGUUCUAGGAAAUCAUCUGGAGAUUCAAAUCGCAAACCAUUUGAAUGGGGUUCCAUUUUCAAGGGUUCUUACCCAGAUAUUUAUCGCCCAGCUAAAAGUUUACCCAAAGAUUUGGGAAAAUUGCUUAUGAGGAUGGAACGCCAAGAUUUGGAUGCGGAAGAGUUGUCGCGUCUUCGUGUUAGACUCGAGCAAACUGAACAUGAAAUGACACGCAUACUACAAGCAAUGCAAUCUGCAGAAGAUGCUCUACGUGGUUCAAUUGAAGAACAAGAGAUAGAUGAAGGGAUGUUCACUACCAUACCUUAUAGAGAACAGUCUGGAGUAAACUUGAAUGAAGAUGAAGAUAUGGAAAGUGAAAUGUUAGACAAAGAAAUCACUGAGGAAAAUGAAUCAGAAUGCGAUUUUAAUAUCUCACAGUCAAAGGAGAAUUUAGAAAUACCAUAUGAAGAGGUGACGGUAUUCGACAACCAUAACAAAGAUGAUGUAACUGAAUCAUGCAUUCGCCGUCGUUUGGUUACAUCUAAUUGA